AUGAGUAAAGGAGUAGAGGCGUAUAGGAUGGAAGGAGCAGGAGAAGGAUGUCGGUUGGAAGGAGAAGGAGGGAAUGGGGUUAAAAGACCCCCUUCAGAGGAUCUUAUUCCAUUUAAAACAGAACUGGAGGAUGAGGAUGAUGACGAAGAUCUUGACGAGGAUGAUGAGGAUGAAGAUGAGGAUGAACAAAGACAGCUUCCGUCUCUACACACCAAGAAGAAGGGCGUAAAAUCAUUUUGUAUUGACGAUAUUUUAUCUCAUAAAACGGCGGCGCUCCAGCGAUCUCAACCCUCAAUAGUCCGGCCAUGGGAUCGGCUGGAAGGACGAUCAAGAGAAUCUGGGGAUCGACGAAAAUCUCUGGGGGACAGUCCUUUAGACGCACUUUUCAAUAUGGCAUCGAAUUUUGAAGCUUUAAAAGCCAAGUCAGAUAUGGAACGAGCUCAGUUGAAUUAUGUGAACAAAGCUCCUCCAAAGAAGAAACGAAAAUCUCGAACUGCGUUUACAAAUCAUCAGAUAUUCGAGCUAGAAAAACGAUUUCUUUACCAAAAAUACCUGUCCCCCGCUGAUCGGGACGAAAUAGCUGCUCAUCUAGGUCUAACUAACGCACAGGUUAUAUGCUGGUUCCAAAACCGUCGGGCCAAGUUUAAACGAGAUAUGGAGGAGCUGAAGAAAGAUGUUGAAAAGACUCCAUUGAACAGUCACCACUCCCACUCCCGCCAUCCCUUACAUCACCCCAUACCCACUUCCCUUAGCCAUCAUACACUUCCCCUACUUUGCCUUGCUCCCCAUCUUUUGCUUGGUGACCGCGGCAUGCACCACGCAUCACGUCAUUCACCAAUCAGAAGCCCGGAAUCUAGCUCUCCACCAAUCAGAGUCGAGGAUUCAGAUUGAAAGAUCCCCGUAAGGAUAAGAGAGAUGAAAAGAUAUAGUUCCGGGAAAUGAAGCCGAAACUUCGUGAAAACUCCGCGGUCCGUGCGCUCGUGAUUCAAACUUAAACUAAUUCCCAAAAAUGGCCACCACGCACACCGAGCAUAGAAUAAACAGAACUAUUUGUCAACAGUUAGACGUACCAGUGAUAAAAAUACUUGUCAAAACUAUAUGAAAACAUGUUUCAAACAAUCUUUCUGACAUUCAAAUUAUAUACUCUGGAGUUACGAAAAUAAGCGCGCUAUACCGCGUAAACACAAUCUUAAAUAUCCUGCGGUUUCAUUAAACAUGAUAGAGGUGUCAAUCAUUCCCUCGCCCUACCAAAUCAGGCCUGUCAAUCCUAGUACCCUACACCCCCCCCCCCCCCCCCCCCCAUCUCUCUCUCCCCUCCAAAGUAAAUCUGUUUAGAUGCCAAACUAAACCCCAAAAAACAACGUUUAAAUUUGUAAACUCUGCAAAUAAAGCCAUCACAAUAGAAAUUUUAAUUAAAUUCUUAUUUUGCGAAAUCUCUUGGUAAAAUCCUUGUUAACGGUUUCUUAUCGUAAUAUUCAACCUCUGAUGGCUGAUCCUCUGAACCAAUGGUUCAUGGCUGUGAUUAUAGUUUAUUGUAUUAGUUUUGCUGAUUGUUCUACCCUAUUAUGGUGUUUAUUAAUAUGCUCGACUGAAAAAAAAUCUAGUGAUCUAACGCUGAUUUUUUUUAAAUCGUAGAUUUUUUUUCGAAGAUGAGAAAAACUCAUUUCUCAAAUUGAUAAUGAGGCAUCUAAAACAUAAAAUUAAAAAAAACCCACCUGAGAGUCCAUAAAUCAAUAUUGGGUAGAACAAUAUGGUUGUAGUAGAUCCAGUUAAAAUCAUGUUUAUACAUAUUUAUCUUGUCUUCUAGUUUAAAUAUAUGUUCAGUUUAGUUAA